AUGGGGUUAUCAUCUCUAUGCUUAAUAUCUGUGUCCAUCUAUAUCCUUUCAACAAUUGUGUUGUUCCAUCUUGUGGUGGCCAACUCUUUGCAGUCAUAUAAUACUCCUACUUGCCAUGAUGAUGAGAUCUCUGCCUUGCUUCAAUUCAAGCAAAGCUUUGUCAGUAGAAAGUUUGCUUCAGAUUAUGAGGGUGCUUAUCUAAAGAUUUCUUCAUGGAAAUCAAGCAACAGUUGUUGCUCAUGGGAUGGCGUAGAGUGUGAUGAGAAGACGGGUCACGUGAUUGGGCUUGAUCUUAGUAGCAGUUGUCUCUAUGGCCCUUUCGGCUCCAAGAACACCUUAUUCAGUCUUGUUCAUCUUCAGCGUCUGAACCUCGCAGAUAAUGAUUUCAAUUUCUCUCAAAUUCCUACUAGCAUUAGGAACUUCCCAAGGCUCAGGUAUCUCAACCUCUCUUACUCUGUCUUUUCUGGUCAUGUCCCAUCUGAAGUUUCACAACUGUCUCAGUUGUCUUCCCUCGAUCUAUCUCAAAAUGAUUUUUCUUCCAAUAAAGAAUUGUUAAGAAGCCUAGCUCAAAAUUUAACUGGCCUAGAAACACUUGAUCUUUCUUCCAUUAAUAUAUCAUCCACAGUACCCGACACCCUGGCAAAUUUGUCUCUUUUGACAUCCCUCACCCUUAAUCAUUGCGGCCUCUUUGGCAAAUUACCAAGAAGAAUCUUUAAAUUGAAGAAUUUGAAGGUUCUUGAUGUGAGAGACAACCGUGCUCUCACGGGGUAUUUUCCUGAUGACUAUAGUUGUGGGGGAAACUUUAGUGCGAAUUUGGAAUAUCUGAAACUUGGAAACAAUUCAUUUCAUGGAAAUCUUCCUCAAUCAUACACCAAUGGAAGCAAUUUAAGGACGAUAGAUAUUGGUCACAACAAUUUCCAUGGGCAACUACCAAGGUCACUGGCGAAUUGUGCAAGUCUUGAAAGUUUAGUCCUUUCACACAAUAAAUUUAAUGAUACCUUCCCCGUUUGGUUGGGGGCUCUCCUUGAGUUAAAAAUUUUGAAAGUGGACCACAAUGUGUUCUAUGGAGUGAUUCUGAAACAUGAUAAGAAGAAUCUUCAAUUCCCGGUGCUGCGUAUUCUUGAUUUGUCUUACAAUGAUUUCUCAGGGAAGAUUCCUGAAUUCAUUGGGAAACUUGAGGGGAUUUGGUCACUCAAUCUCUCCAAUAACAUUCUCACGGGUCGCAUCCCAUCAUCCUUGAGCAACUUAUCAGGGCUUGAAUCGUUGGAUCUUUCACAUAACAAGCUCUCUGGUGAGAUUCCUCAGCAACUGGCACAACUUGAUUCUCUCACAAAGUUCAAUGUCUCUCACAACAAUCUCACAGGCCCUUCAUAUAAUACUCCUACUUGCCAUGAUGACGAGAUCUAUGCCUUGCUGCAAUUCAAGCAAAGUUUUGUCAUUAGAAAGUCUGCUUCGGCGGACAAGGGUGCUUAUCCAAAGAUUUCUUCAUGGAAAUCAAACAGCAGUUGUUGCUCAUGGGAUGGCGUAGAGUGUGAUGAGAAGACGGGUCACGUGAUUGGGCUUCAUCUUAGUAGUAGUUGUCUCUAUGGGUCUUUCUGCUCCAACAAUACCUUAUUCAACCUUGUUCAUCUUCAGCAUCUGAACCUCGCUGAUAAUGCCUUCGAUUUGUCUCAAGUUCCUACUAGCAUUAGGAACUUUCCAAGGCUCAGAUGCGGCCUGUUUGGCGAAUUCCCAGGAAGAAUCUUUAAAUUAAAGAAUUUGAAGGUUCUUGAUGUGAGCAACAACCCUGCUCUCACGGUGUAUUUUCCUGAUGACUAUAGUGCAAGUAGUCCUGAUCUCAUGUCACUCAAACUCUCGUCCACUAAUUUGAUAAACCUACCUUUUUCAAUAGAUAGAUUUCAUUCACUGAAAGAGUUGGAUGUGAAUUCAUGCAAUAUUUCAGAAGGUCCAGUACCAUUUUCACUUGGUAAUCUUAAGGAUCUCAUCUAUUUGGACCUUUCAGAUAAUAAGUUUAAUGGUCAAGUACCAUUUUCACUUGGUAAUCUUAGAGAUCUCAUCUAUUUGGACCUUUCAGAUAAUAAGUUUAAUGGUCAAGUACCAUUUGCACUUGGUAAUCUUAGAGAUCUCAUCGAUUUGGACCUUUCAUAUAAUAAGUUUAAUGGUCAUAUCCCUACAGCUAUGUUGGGAAACCUUACCCAACUUACAUAUCUAUCACUUUCUAAUAAUUAUCUUCAUGGUUCAGUCCCCCAGUCCUUGUUCAAUCUCACGAAUCUUCAAACCCUUAAGCUAGAUCAUAAUAGUUUGAGUGGUACAGUAGAGUUCCAGAAGUUUCUUAACCUACAGAAACUCACCGAUCUUGAUCUAUCUAAUAAUAAUCUGGAAUUGCUCUCAGAAUCUAGAUUUUGA